AUGGCAGUGGCAAAGUUCUAUCAUGUCAACAUCUCGAGAUUUGUAACGCGACGCGACGACCCAUUUGACGGUGACAAAGGAACACAAGAGAACGAAGAAGAGGGUGGGAGCGGGAUAGCGGGACCUAGUUUCGCACUAGACUACAGCAUGUCCAUCAGCCAGCGGAGUUUGGGUGCAGUCGGCGAUACGGAAGGGAACGAAGCAGGGGAUACGCCCCGGGGGUGGAUGAUAAGUCUCUGUCUCUGUCUCUUGUCUCUGUUGCCUCGAUUCUCUCUUGUUCCUUUCGAUCCAGCAGCUGUCUCGCCCACCUCAGCUACAACAACUAUAUCUCUACUAUCAACAACAGCAACAACAGCACAACUCUCUACAAACUUCACAAUGGCUGCUCUUCCUCCUCAAAAGUUCCUCCCUCUCACCCCGGCUCCCAAGUCUUCUUUCCUCUCUCUCGCCCCGGCCACUUCUCCCUCAUACCCUCAGAAGCCCGCUGUCCGCUCUCACACUCGUCCCUCUCCUCCUCGACGAGCCUCGACUGAGUCGUCGGCCAGCUCCAGCUCCAGCUCCAACAACAGCUACCGCAUCCUCAAGCUUGGACCUGUUCACUACGGCGAGCAUGCCGAUGAGCACAAGACCGACUUUCAUGAUGUUAUCCUUCACUAA